CAUGUUUAACGAAGGUUGUGUUUGAAGUUUUUUGCUUGAAAUCACUUCAAGCGAGGAAUCAACUAUGUAUUUGGUUUAUAAGAAACAAUCUGUAUUUGGUUUAUGAGAAACAAUCUGUAUUUGGGUUAUAAGAAAUAAUCUGUAUUUUAGAUGGUUCAUAAGAAAUGAGAGAUCGUUCAUCAAAUUUUAUGUGGCAUUUCAUCAGUAUUAGUUCCUCGAUCGAAAUUUCGGACUUCUUCCAACACCAACACAAUGUUGAGAAGAGACUACAAGUAUGGCGGCGGUGUGCAGAAGAAACGCGGCAAACACCAGUGGCUCCGAAUUCUGAAAAAGCACAUGGAAGACAUCGACAACUUCGCGAUCGAAGAACAGGUUGCCAUAGAUCAGCUGGAAAAAAGUUUGGAAAAAGAGUCACGUAAGAGGCGACGCAUCAAAAAACAGUGGAAAACCGAGAAAAACCUGAUGUCGUUCUGUCCCAAGUACAGCAUUGAAACGAAAACAGUACAACCCGACAACUGUUGUUACUAUGUUUGUCUGGAUGACGUUUCACCAGCGAUAGCUUCGUUGAUAACUCACAAGAAACAAAGUCCACCUCAGUUCUAUGUGGUCAACAAAAGUGUACCAAUACCUGACUGCUACAACUGGAUAGACUCAUCUCAAUCAAACACCAAUUCUGGUCGUUAUGCGAAGAAAACAGUGGCCAAACUCAAUCAUUUCAAACAGAAGAACACAGAUAAAAUUUGUGACAAUCUUCAGAGAAAUCAAUUGAACUCUGACCAACAAAUCAAUAAGUCAACGUCUUAUGUUGAUAUUACUGCAGAAUACAACAACUAUAACUCAACUAUUUACAAAAGUAAUAGGAAGUUGAAGGGGUUUGAGAACGGGAAUUCAGUUGCAAACAGAACAUUCUCCGGAUGUGUUCAAAGUAUUCCAUUACAAUCUUCUCAUAGUAAUGGAACAAUUGGUGGGAGAUCAUUCAUACCUUUGAGUCCUAAUAUUUCAAAAUCUGUUGGGAGCUCUCCCAAGGCCUUCAAACUUUGUCAAACUGAAAAAUUCGGUUUUAAUGGUUCAGUUAAAAGUGAGUCAUUUUUAUCAGAGAACCAUUAUAGUGAAAACAUGAUAUCAAACAUUGAAGUUGUUAGGAAAGGCAUGAUUGAAGGAGGGAUGAAAUUCAAAUUGUUGCCAAAUAAAAAAGCUAAAAGUAGUACAGAAAUGAAUAAGAAAUCUAAAACUCCAAGUAAAACAUCUGAGAGCAUCAGUGUUGGUACUAAGCCAACUUCAAUCCUAAAAAACAACAAAAAUGAGUCUCAGAAAGCUGCGAAAUCGUUUGGACAACUGUGUAAUAGAAGUGUUGCAGGUAGUAGAGUUGAUAAUAAUUUCAAAUCAAGCACCGAAUUUGUGGGGAGAAACGUUAUUUCAAAUACUCCCAGCCGCAACGAAAACAUCAUAGAAGACCGACUUGUUAAUAAAUGUCUUUCAUAUUUGUCUGAGAAAUAUGAGGUCCAAAAGACUGAAGACAUCAGUCGGGAGGACGACUCAAGUGGAAGCAACAAUGAGUUCUGUAGAGAUGAAACCGACGGUAAUAACAACAAUGUAAUCCGAGAAAGUGACAUUGAUAAAUGCAACAGGAAAUUGCAUAGGAAUAGUGUAUGGCUUCGUAAAAGAAAUCAGUUUGGAUUAUUCAGAAGGAAUACUGCAUUCAAGACAGUUGAAAUCGAUAAAUAUCGGAAUAAUAUUGGGAGAGACUUGCCUUCUCUUCUAGUCAAUGAGGAGGUUUCAAUUACAAAAUCUGAUAAUAAACAAGAUAUGGGGAUAUUGAGGAGUGUGAAUGAGAAAGAAGAUACAAGGAAGUCUUACAAUAAAUUUUUGAACAAAAUUGAUUCUCCAAACGACAUAUAUGAAUCCACAAAAUUGAAGUUGGGGAAUAGAAAUCACUCUGAAAGACCAAUCUUAAAUCUGAAUACUGGUGGGAGGUCUGAUAAAAAUUUGAUGCAUAAGGUUAGUGCCCAGAAGAAACCCAAUAAUGUUCCAAUACUUCAAAACUCAACUCCAAAAUUUGACAUGAGUGUGAAAUAUGAAAGCUCAAUCAGUGAUGAUAGAGGAGGAAACACCCAUAGAAAUGAUAGACCAGGACAUCCUGAUAAUUCAUUGCAAAGUUUUCAUGAACAAACUGAAUCUGAAUCAAGAAGCUGUUCUUCGCCAAUGUCUCUGUCAUCUUGUAGUUCAUCUUACAAAGGAUAUUCAAAUGAGCAGGGAUUUCGAAGGUACAACCAAAUUGUAAAUUCAGGAUUUGUAUCUCCCUACUUUGAAGAUGACAAUGUUGGAGUUCAGAACCGAAAAAGUAAGAAAAACGGAGUGAUUGAGGAACUAUUUAACGAACUCAAAAACGAGAUUCGGUUCACCUCUAUGGAUGACACAUCGCCAAAAGCAUUCUUCCCAAGUUCUGGAUAUUCUCCCGGCAAUAAUUCGUUUCCAAAACCAACUAUCACCACAGAAUUCGAGGAAAUGGGAGGUGAGUUUGAAGACAUCAAACUACAAUCCGCUUGUGAAGAAGAUGUGGAAAGCAAUGUUGAUAAAAGUAGUUCAGGAAAAGCUUCCUAUCGAGAGAAGUUCAAACGAACUUUGAUGUUGAAGAGAUAUCGUAAAGAGGAUGGAAAUAAGGAUAAACUUAGGAAGGAGAAGAAUAAACAAGGUGCAGUGACUUCUGAGGUGUGUCACAGUAAUGAAGAAGAUGAUAGUUAUUUUGAGAAUGACAAAAAUUUUGCGGCAAGUUUUGAUAGAUUUGGACAUCUUGAUGAGGAUAAAAGAUUCAACAUGGUGUCACCCAAAAGUUUUGGUAGCUUGGGAUACACUGAAGCAACAACAACAUCACCAAGUUGGGGAUCUUGGGAUGUCUUCGGGAAGGGAACCUCUUCGAACUCUAGUCCCCCAGUAUCACGUGAUCAGUCAGUUUGCUCCUCCACCACAGACACUAUCACUCCCCGAAAUGUCUCAUCGUUAGUCGAAGAUCUACUCUCAGAAAUAUAUCGGCAUUCACGUUCCAGUACACCAGUGAUUGUCAGGAGACAAUGUUUUUCACCUUCGCCUGCAUUUUUCUCUGGAUUUGACGUAAGAAAAUGCCACAACUGUGGCAUGGAUCCUGGUUUUGGACUGCAGAUGGACUUCAGGAGAGAGUUGGCGAAGUCCUGUGAAUGCUCUGCGAAUUCUGACUGCCUCAGCAAUAAUUCGGAGCGGUCCGUUCCCUUGUCAGAGAAUAUGAAACGGCUAGCUCUUCAGAAAAGACGAACAGAAGAACUGCGCAUGCUGGUGGCUGGGUUGAAGUACCAAAUUAUAGUUCAGGGCAACGUUCUCGUUAAACAACUGAAGCGUCGCGACGCAAGUCGGCAACGUGUUGCGAGCGCUUGCGACAUUCUCACAGCGCACCUUCAGGCCAUCUCAUCGAAAAGCAGUGAGGACACAUCACUGCGUUUCUCAGUGAACCCAGGUGCUGGGGACACAGGCUUCAAGCAAUGGCUGUCCGGCAUGAAAAUGGUCGCUCAGCUCCCCGAGGGAAUCCCGCAGGAGUUUCGAAGAACGCUAUGGCUGACCCUGGCAGAAAAGCACCUAGCGAGCCGUGGAGUAGACUGGGCCAAGGCUCAAAGAGCUUGUUUCAACGAGUGGACAAAUCCUGACGAUGAAGAACUCGGCGUGCAGAUUGUCAAGGAUCUGCACCGCACAGGUUGCAGUUUAUUCUGCGGUGUCUCGGGUCAGCAUAACCAGGCAGUAUUACGCAGGGUGCUGCUGGCCUAUGCCAGGUGGAACAAGGCGGUCGGCUACUGCCAGGGCUUCAAUAUGCUGGCCGCUCUCAUCCUGCAGGUUAUGGACAGAUCCGAAGCCGAUUCUGUCAAGGUUAUGAUCUACCUGAUAGAAGGUGUGCUGCCUGAGAGCUACUUCGCCAAUAACCUGCGAGGUCUAUCAGUGGACAUGGCUGUAUUCAGAGAUCUGCUCCGGCUGAAGCUGCCUGUGCUUUCCAAGCAUUUGGAACAGCUGCAGUGUGACUCAAAAGAUGCUGGCAGUAGCUAUGAGCCUCCCCUCACCAAUGUGUUCACAAUGCAGUGGUUUCUGACCCUGUUCUGUAACUGCCUGCCUCAGGAGACUGUUCUCAGGGUUUGGGACCUCAUCUUCCUUGAAGGAAACAGUGUUCUCCUUAGGACUGCACUGGCUAUAUGGAGUACACUAUCCGACCGCAUCCUAUCAGUUGAAAGUGCAGACGAGUUUUACAGUAUAAUGGGAGUUCUAACUAGAGAGAUGCUUGAGUUUGGACUCAUGGAUACCAACAACUUGAUCAAGGCGGUAGUGACGAUUACACUGCCAGAGCUGAACGAGAUGCGAGAGAGAUACAUGUACAACAUCACGCCGUGGACUCAGUCUGUGUCGACGGUUGCCAGACGAGGAUGGAAACUGUUCUACACUGAUGAGGACGAUGAGACAGACGAAGAUGACGAGAAGAUCGCCAUUGCCACCGCUUAUGCACUGUUCAGAUCACCUAAAAGGAAGCCAGCCGCCUGUAGCGGCCAGUCAAUUGUGGGCGUUGGUGCACCUCCCAGCACUGCAAUGAAUCAUCUCCUCUUGGGCAAGUCAGCCCUGGUCAACAAUAAGGGCAGAAGGUUGGGGCCUCCACCGGGAGCAGUGCCCGCGAAUGCCAAGUCUCCACAAACCAAGGAUAAGGAUAAGAGUGAAAACAGCAGGUCAAGCUCGGAAACCUUGCACUGGAGAGAUGAGAGAAAGUCAAAAGCUCAACAGAAAACCGAGCCAGGUUCCCCAGGGUCCGAGUCACCCUCGACCUCAUCCUGUUCCUCGCGACGAGGCAGUCAGUCAUCCUCGACAUCGACCGAGCUGUGCGACGAGCCAGGACGAACCUCGGACUCGGAGGACCAAUCCUCGGAGUGUGCCGAGUUGGCGGCAAGGCCUCUCUCCCGAAAUAGCCUCCAACAUCCGCAUCUGUCGGACUUCAGUGAGGAAGACGAAACACCGGAUGUUGUCGACAAAAAACGACAACAAGAGAAAAGUGUGACUCUGACAGAAACCAGGUCUGGAAACGUGGACAGUGAGACAGAAACCAGGUCUGGAAAUGUAGAUAGUGUUGUUGGUGAUGACAGUAUACAAAAUAAACUUGUAGAUAGUUUGAACCAAAAAGGAGUGGUAGUAAGUGGAGUAGUGGCAGAUGUAGACAAUGUCCUGAGGUGUGGUAGUGGGAAAGUAGCUGUAAACAAGAAAAAUAUACUUGUGGAACCUCCUACUAAAUCUAGCGUGGUACAAUGUAAUAACACAGUAGUGCAAUCUUCUACUAGUAUGGUGCCGUCCCUAAUCAAGAAUAUAGGCUCUGCAUCCUCAGUAAUGCCAAUUGAUUCUCAGGUGGUUCCUAAGAAUAAGUUGUUGCCUUCUCCCAAUGUAGUGUCUACGUCUCCAACAGUAUCUAAGUUAUCAGCAGAUAGUUCCAAAGUAGAAUCCUCUGCUACUAAUAAUAAAUUGCCUUCUCCCAAUUUAGUUUCUAAAUCUCCAACAGUAUCUCAGUUAUCAGCUAAGAGUUCCAAGGUAGAAUCUUCUGCUUCUAAUUAUAAAUUGCCUUCUGUUGGAAAUCAAGAUUCUGGAUCCUCAGGUGUAGUUGUUGGUACAAGUGGAGAAUCUUCAGUUUCAGUUUCAUUAAAGUUGCCUUCGGCUGUGGACGUCACGUCUUCAGAGAGUAAUCCUGUAAAAUGUAAGUUGCCCUCUCCCAUUAAGAAUGGGGAUGUGAUGGUGAAAACUAUACCGUCACCACCAAAAGUGGAAUCACCUUCUUCACAGCACCUCAAAUCACCUCCGCCCACAAUAAGGACACCAGCUCCACCACUGAAAUCAUCACAUUCUUUGAAAUCACCGCGCUCACCCAAGUCACCUCUGAGUCCUGGUGGUAUACAGAGUGCGCCCCCAGUGCAGGUCAAAGAUCACGACGAACUGGACAAAGUUCUGUUUCCGUUUGACCGCGACUAUUUGACCAAAUAUAGCAAUGAAGACUCUGACCACAUGUGUAUCAGUAGCUGUCCCGCCUCACCAUGUGCCUACAUCAAUGAACUUCACAUUGAUAACAGGAAACGGUUAUCGGACACCACCAUGCGUUACUACGAUUUCCCCAGCACAGGCUCGGGUAUAAACAGUAGAAAGACCAGCAGUGUUUUGUCGCAGAUCUCCCCCUGUGAACUGAAUGAAGAAGAAGAGGAUGAACUGGAACGAGAACUGGCUGAAGAGAAGGAGAGAGCUAGAGUGGAACAGCUGAAAGAGCCUCUCUCUUUAUCCAGUGACGAAACAGGUGAUAGCAAUAAUUUAUCACAGAAACAGAGAAAAUCUGUCACACAUGAUGAGGUGGACUCCAAUGAAGAGAAAGACCUACAGUUGAGGAAAAUCUGGUUGGAGAGCUGUUCAAAAGAUGACAUUUCUGUUUUUGUUGAAGCAUUACCUCCAAAAAAUAACAUCGAGGAGGAAAUUAUAACUGUUGAGCCCAUAGUUGAAAUAAUCAUCAAUUCUAAUUCAUGUGAUGAUAUUAAGAGCUAUGAUGAUUUGUGUAAUGCAACUUAUGUGAAAAAUGAGAGUGACAAUGUGGAUUCUAACCAGAUCACUCCAACAAAUGAUUCAUUCAUAAGCAAUAUUGAAGGGGAUAAUGAAGAAGUAAUAAGUGAUAGAACAAUAGAAAAAAGCAAUAAAGAUGUUUUAGACACAAAUUUUGGUAGCAAUGAGAGUUCACCAAUGAGGUUGUCCCCUGAUGCUAGUACUAUUUGUGCUGAUAUUUCUGAUGAACAACUUAGAAUCAGCGACUCAUCUCCCUCUCCCACAAUAAGAGCCUCCCUAGAAACGUCACCUACUCUGACAGGAAGGCGUGGCAGUGAAGUGAUUUUGAACCAAAUUUUGAAAGAAAAUCUGGAGAUAAUUCAGAAGAUACAACACACCAGACGAAAUACAUUGAUAUUGCACAAGGAAGACUUGUCAGAUAUUGAAAAUGAAGAUGCUGUGAAAGGGGGUGAAGAUACUGAAAAGGACAUCACAACAAUCGAACGAAUUUAUAAAGAGGAUACAUCAAAGUCUAAACAAUUCAGCUGUGAGGAGAUCACUAGAAAAUUUGAUGAUUUAACCACAAGUAUUGAUCUCAAUGAUUCAAAGUCCAAGGAAUUCAUCUAUGAAGAAACUGAAAAGAAAUCAGAUGUUUUGAAAGCAUUAAGUGUUGAUUUUAAUGAUGGAGUAAUAGAUAAAAAUAACUUGGAAAAUGAAAAAUUACAAGAAAGUGUUAGUCCUGGAAGAAUUAUGGAUGAUACUGAAAUCGGCAGAGAGACAACAUUAACAUCUUCCACAAAGGAUUAUGUGAGAGAAACUGUUGGUGAAAAUGUUCACAGAGAAGUAAAAUCUACUCAAGAAAAUGUGACGGAAGAAAUUGUUACUCAAGAAAAUGUAAUAAAAGAAAUUGUUACACAAGAAACUGUGACUAAAGGAAUUGGUAGACAAGCAAUAAAAUCAUGUGAUAAAACUGACUCUGUAGUUGACAAACAGCUCACAGAGGAGACCUCAUUGGAGAAAACCAUAUCAGUGGAGAAAAAUGUUGUUGACAGCAAUAAAAUUUAUGCAAAUCAGAAAAUUCAAGAGAAUAAUAGUACUGACAAAAAUUCGAGUACCUCCACUGGUAACCAAAGUAUGGAAGAAGACAGUAGUGGAGGUAGUAGAGGUGCAAGAAUUGAUAAAGAUUCAGAUGAAAGCAGAAGGAGGAGUAACGAUUCCGAAAUACCUUCCACUGAACGUGAAACUGAUAGCUCCAAAAAGCAAGGACGUUUUCGGUUUCUAGAACAAUCCAGCUCGACUAUUAGUUCAGCCUCGCUAGACAUCAGUUCUGAUCUGAGUUCCAGGAAAUUCUCUUCAGACAUUGAAGCGUCUCUAGAAUCCGGAGCUGAGACACAGAGACCUGUAACAAGAAAACUGAACAAAGUGAGUAAAAGUAGAAGCUCUUUGGAGGAUGUAGAUGAUGAAGAACUGCCUCAAAGCAGGAAAACCAGUGAGGUUGCUGAGAUGAGGUUAUCUGGUGAUAUAGGAUACAGAAGAAACUAUAGUACAACAUCUGAUGAAACUGAACUGAGUACUUUUGACAGAUCUUUUGUGAGUGAAUACGAACAACACAAGAAGGCCCCUUCAAGGAAACAUACAGACCCUGAUGAGACACCCGAGAGUUACUGUUCACAAAUGAGACAGCAGUACAACCGUUCCAGGAGACCCAGCAAAGAAGUGUCAACUCAUUACUCAACCGAGUACUCUCUGGAUGAUGAUGCUGGGAAAUCCGAACCUAAACACACGAAACUCACUCAACACUAUUCAUUUGAAUAUACAUCUCAAAAGAAAGUAUCUGAUCCUUCCUUCUACGAUUUCAAAACUAGAAGAACAUCAUACUCACUAGAUAGUGCUCCUCUGAUCACUGAAACCAAAGUGGAUUCAUGGCAUGCUGAGAGUUUAGAUUCAGCCAAAGGUAGUAGAACGUCAGUUUUAUCAGGGUCGGAUGAAGGAACAAAAACUGGCAAUAAAGGGAUGGGAGAUUAUGAAGAUGUGUCAAAAUUCAAACGUUGGAAGAGUUACUCAGUGGAUACUGCAGACGAUAGAGCAUCAAAGUAUACUAAUAGGAGAAGCUGGUCUCCAACUAGUAAAAGUGUUGGGGAGGAUGUGAUGUCACCCAAAUCAGAAAUGAAUAGAUCUAGUUCAUCAAGUUCUUAUGAUUUUGACGAUGCUGAUGUCAGCUCAUCUAGGGUUAAACGUGAACGCCAGUCAAGAACUGGUUACAAGAGUUCAGAUGAAGAUGGGAAACGGUUUAAAGAUAGUAGUGGUCGCUUGUUUGAAGAGGAUAACGAUGAUGAUUUCUUGUCAAAGUAUGUGACACGUAGAGGAGACUUGAGCACUGAUUUGCAAGAGCCAAAGACAAGCUCCAUGUCUGCAUACUCGUCGUCGAAACGGUUCAACUACAGUGAUCGCCGGUACACUGUUGAGGAUAGGCUGGCAUCACGAGAGGGAAGUAUCUAUAGGUCUCUGUCACCUCAGACAGACCUGUUGUCUUCAGAGUCAUCGAGUGGCAAGAAAUUGGGUGAUGACUUUGAGCGCUGGAGACGAAACCGCACAAGGUCGGUGAGUCCCAAACCUGACACUAAGAUGUCUGACGAUGUCAGUAGUGGUUACGGUUUGAAUAAAUACAAGAGUAGUUACCGCUGUGAAUACACUUCCAUAGAUGAGUUACCCCAUAAAACUGAUGAUGGCUUCUUGGGGCGGGUUCGUUUGGAAUCCACAAGAAAUGUAGUUUCAUCUCCAUCCUCACUGACAUCCUCACCAGUGAGGUCAACUGGUAAGAAAUCCGAGGACUACUCUCCAAUGAGAUUCAGGAGAUCCGCAACAAUAUCCGAGACUGAUGAUCGAGUUUCAGACAACAGCGUUAGUAGAUCGUUACUCUCCAGGAUAGAUUCUGAUGAUGUCAGCAGUUACAAGGUGCUUUCGAAGUCGAAGACAGUGGAUUACGAUGAUUCCAAGACUAGUUUGUAUUCGAGGGAGCCUUCAUUGAGGAUAUCUUCUACACGGUUGUUGUCCUCAGAUGAAGGCAUCUACCGGAGUGGUAGUGGAGGUUUGGAGGAUAAAGAGAGGAGGAGCCGUUGGAAGUCGAACGAGGAACUGUUGGAAGAGGUCGAUGACCUGAAACCUGCUGAAGACGACACCUACCAGUCGAGAAGUAAAUACGAAUCUUCAAAAUACACUCCCAUCAAAGAUUACAGUUAUUAUUCAAGUAGAUCUGAAGCCAGAGAUGUUGUUUCUCCACCUAGGAGAACCAGUCCGCUGGCUAGAAGAGAUGAUUGCGAAUUUUCUAGUAGCAGGAAAUAUGAGCAAGAAGGCAAACUACCCAUAGAAGUUGUGCCAACUAAAGGUCAACUAUCCUAUUCGCGUUCAUCCACAACGUCUAAGGACUUUGGUAGACCUUCACCACCCACCAGUCCUUCUAAAUUCAAACCGUUCCCAUCUAGGAUUUCCGAUAGGCAACCAAAAGAGCUAGGGGUUCGCCUAGGGAUGUAUUCUCCUAGCUCAAAGUAA